AGAAAUUGUCUUGUGUUGUUCGGAUGACUCUUCAGCUUUUGUGUCCGUCUGUCAAGACACAGAGUUGCCAAUUUACUGAUAUAAUUUUAACUGCACGGGACGAAUUCUAUUUCGUCUGCUCUGUUUCCAACACGUUGCGGAAAAAAUGGACAUGCUUACUAGCAAAAUAUUUUUACGAAAAACGAAGAGAGGAAAGGUUCUAAAAGUUGUUCGAGAACAUUAUCUUCGAGAUGAUCUUUGGUGUGGUUCUGAUCUGUGUAAAAAAUGCAAUCAGGAAAACAGUGAAGUACUAGACGAUGCGCCUAUUUCAUCUAGCACACUUUGUGCAUGUCCACAUUAUGUUGUGGUAGACACCAAUGUUGUACUUCAUCAGAUUGAUGUUCUUGAAAGUCCAGCAUGGAAAAAUGUCAUUGUGUUGCAAACCGUAUUGGAAGAAACAAGGAAACGUAGUACAAAUAAUUUUAAAAAAUUAAAAGAGAUCAUGGCAACCAGAAAAGAUAGCUUCUACGUGUUUGUCAAUGAACACCACAAGGACACAUAUGUAGAAAGAAAACCUGGUGAAAGUGCAAAUGAUCGAAAUGACAGAGCAAUACGAAAAGCAUGCAGCUGGUAUCAGACUCACUUGGAAGAAAGUCAACAAGGAAGGGAAAAGAAGAAAAAGGUCCAAAUUAUUCUUUUGACUCAGGAUUUCAAGAACAGAGAACAAGCAUUAAAAGAAGGAAUACCAGCUUAUAGGGUGGAUGAAUAUGUUAAAAGCCUGAAAGAUUUCCCUGAUCUCCAAGAAAAAUUAGCGGCAUCGCAUUCCGAUGAUAAUGCCGAGAACCGGGAACCUUUGUUUCCCGAGCAUUGGGCGCCUACCCGAAUAAUGACUGGAAUAAAAUCUGGCAAACUACUUCAAGGAAUUUUUCAUUGUUCCAGGGAAAAUUUCUUGGAAGGGUCUGUCAGUGUUGAGGGGCAAGAUAAAUCCAUUCUUCUGCAAGGCCAUGCCAGUUUAAACCGUGCAGUUGAUGGAGAUAUUGUUGCCGUAGAAUUAUUACCAGAGGACAAAUGGACGUCGCCUAGUGGUAUUGUUCUGGAGGAUCAAGAGGACCAAGAUCCCGGUGAUCAAAUUGAAAAGGAAGAAGCGCUAUUAACCAAUAGCACCAAGGGCAAGGAUCUUCAACCCACUGGCAAAAUCGUUGGAAUUAUUCGUCGCAAGUGGCGCCAGUAUUGCGGAAUAUUGCUUCCGAGUGUGCUUGCCGAAGGAACUCGACAUCUAUUCGUUCCUGCCGAAAGAAAAAUUCCAAAAAUUCGAAUCGAAACGCGACAAGCUGCAACAUUGUCUUCGCAAAAAAUUAUUGUUGCCAUUGAUUCAUGGCCUCGUACUUCCAGAUAUCCACUUGGUCACUUUGUUCGUGCCCUGGGUAAUAUUGGUGAUAAGGAUACCGAAAAUGAGGUUCUGUUAUUGGAGCAUGAUGUACCACAUCACAGCUUCCCGGAAACAGUACUGGCGUGUUUGCCUUCCAUGCCCUGGAUGAUAAGCCAAGAGGAAGUGAAACGUCGUGAAGACUUACGGAACCUGGAUAUUUGCAGUGUUGAUCCCCCUGGAUGUACAGACAUUGAUGACGCGCUCCAUUUCAGAGAAUUAUCGCCAAACUUAUACGAAAUUGGAGUUCAUAUUGCGGACGUGUCUCAUUUCGUUCGGCCAGAUACUGCCCUGGAUAAAGAAGCUGCCAAUAGAGGAACGACAGUUUACCUUGUUGACCGCCGAAUCGACAUGGUCCCCGAACUUCUAAGUUCCAAUCUUUGUUCUUUAAGACCAGACCAGGAGCGCCUUGCGUUUUCUGUCAUUUGGGAAGUGACUCCAAAUGCUGAAAUUAAAAAAACUCGCUUCACUAAAAGUGUAAUCCGUUCCCGUCGAGCUUAUACUUAUGCUGAGGCUCAGUGUAGUAUUGAUGACCCGCUUCAGCAAAAUGAGUUGGCUAAAAGUCUCCGUGGAUUAAACAAGUUGGCCAAAAUAAUGAAAAAAAAUCGAAUGGAAAAAGGUGCAUUACAAUUAUCAAGCCCGGAGAUCAGGUUUGAGGUGAGCACCGAAACAAACGACCCUAUUGAUGUAAUUUCAAAGCCUAUGCUUGAUACCAAUAGCAUGGUGGAAGAAUUCAUGUUGUUGGCCAAUAUUUCGGUAGCAGAACAUAUUUUCAAGCAUUUCCCAGAAUGUGCUGUUCUCCGCCGUCAUCCCGUCCCUCCUGAAUCAAACUUUGAACCAUUCUUGAAAGCAGGAAAGACACAGGGAUUCACGUUAGACGUUAGUAGCAACAAAUCGUUGGCCGCUUCACUGGAUGCAGCUGUCAAACCGGAUAAUGUGUACAUGAACACCAUGUUGCGUAUUUUGGCAACGCGUUGCAUGAUGCAAGCAGUCUAUUUUAGCAGCGGAACUGUUGCUCAAGUAGAUUUUUAUCAUUAUGGUUUAGCUGCACCAAUUUACACCCAUUUCACAUCUCCCAUUCGCAGAUAUGCAGACUUGCUGGUCCAUCGGCUCUUGGCGGUAGCCAUUAGUGCUGAUGUGACAUACGCUGAGUUGCUUGACCGAAAAUGCGUUCAACAGUUGUGCAAUAAUCUUAAUUAUCGGCACAAAAUGUCGCAGUAUGCACAACGAUCUUCAGUUGCACUACACACUCACUUGUUCUUCCGCCACCGUGUCCAGGAUGAAGACGCCUAUGUUCUUUCCGUUCGUCAGAAUGCUCUGCAAGUCCUUAUUCCAAAGUAUGGGCUGGAAGGCUCCAUUUAUCUUAAAGAGAAGGAUGAAGAUUCUAAGUCCGCCUUCAUCUACAAUCCAGACGAGCCUUCUCAAACUUGUGACAACAUAACUAUUCGAACAUUUGAUCGUAUUGUGGUGCAAGUGAGCCUCGAUUCAAAGUAUGUUCAACAUCAGAAAAUAGCCGUUCAUCUAGUUCAACCUCAAAUCGCAGGAUUGUCUGUUGAACCUAUUAAAACUGUGAACGUUAGUGAACCUACUCCUAAAAAGUUAAAAUCAGGAAACUGAAUAACUUAUAAAAUUAAAAGGCAGGAAUAAAUGUUCACCAUUCAGUAA